CACCAAAAAAAAAAAAAAAAACAAGAGAGAAAAUAAACCCAAAGGUGUUUUCAGCACCGCGGAUUUCCACUUCAGCACCGCGGACAGCUCACCUGCCUGGACACCCGCCUCCAGGUGCCGACUGGACGUUCGGCUGGACGCGAAGCCGAGCUGCUGCCUCCUCCAGAGACGCGCGGGGGGCUGACUCUGAGGAAGUCUUUACAGGUCCUUGACAGCCCAACAAGAUGCAACAACAUUCAAUGGAAACCUCACCUGCUCAUGAAAUCCAACACUUCUAAAUAUACAAAGGUUUCUUAAAGGGUGCACCUAGCAUCUCCAUCUCCCCCAACAUGGCUGGGAUUCCCCACCAAAAUAUCCCAUUUCUAUGGCUCCCCCUGGUGGCCUUUCUACUGCUCCUACCACCCCAGAUCCAGCCCAGUCCCAGGUACCUCCCUGCCCUGCCUGGCACCAAACGUGAGAUUGUGAUGGAGGGUGACUUGGUGAUUGGUGGCCUGUUCCCUGUGCACGAGAAGGGCGAGGGGAUGCAGGACUGUGGGAAAAUCAAUGAGCAGCGAGGGAUCCAGCGGUUAGAGGCCAUGCUGCUGGCACUGGAUGAGAUCAACCAAGAUAAUCACAUUUUACCAGGCAUCAAGCUGGGGGCACACAUCCUGGACACCUGCUCCAAGGACACGUACGCACUGGAGCAGUCGCUGGAGUUCGUGCGGGCAUCGCUCACCAGAGUGCACCAGCCUGGCUUCAUCUGUCCCGAUGGUUCCAACCCAGUUCCGGACGAGGUGCCGCUGGCUAUAUCGGGAGUGAUCGGAGGCUCGUACAGUGACGUUUCCAUACAGGUGGCCAACCUGCUGCGGCUUUUCCAGAUACCCCAGAUCAGCUAUGCCUCCACUAGUGCCAAGCUAAGUGACAAAUCCCGUUAUGACUACUUCGCCCGAACCGUGCCGCCAGACUUCUACCAGGCCAAAGCCAUAGCAGAGAUCCUGCGUUACUUCAACUGGACCUAUGUGUCCACAGUAGCCUCUGAGGGUGACUAUGGGGAGACCGGCAUUGACGCCUUCCAGCAAGAGGCGAGGGUGCGGCAAAUCUGCAUCGCUACAUCGGUCAAAGUCAGCCGUUCUAUGAACCGGAUUAACUACGAGACGGUGAUCCGCUCGCUGCAGCAAAAGGCCAACGCCAAAGUGGUCAUCCUGUUCACUCGCAGUGAAGAUGCAAGGGAGUUGCUGGUGGCAGCUGCCCGAAUGAACGUCACCUUCAUUUGGGUGGCCAGUGAUGGCUGGGGGGCGCAGGAAAGUGUGGUGCAUGGGAGCGAGAAGGCAGCCAAUGGGGCCUUCACCAUUGAGCUAGCGUCCUACUCCAUCCGCGAAUUUGAGGACUACUUCACCAAACUAACUCCCGAGCUCAACACCCGGAAUCCUUGGUUCAGGGAGUUCUGGGAGCACAAGUUCGGAUGUCGUCUGCAUGAGCCGGGCUGUGCCAGCCACAGCUUGAGGGACGGUUCGUUCAAGCCAGAGUCAAAGAUCAUGUUCGUCGUGAACGCAGUCUACGCCAUGGCCCACGCGCUGCAUAACAUGCGGCAGGCAGUGUGCCCUAACACCACCCGGGUAUGUGAUGCCAUGAAGCCAGGCAAUGGCAAGAGGUUCUACCGUGAGUUCAUCCUCAAGACCAAGUUCGAUGCUCCAUUUAGACCUGCUGACACAGACAACGUUGUGCGUUUCACCUCUCUGGGGGACAGCCUGGGCCGCUACAACAUCUUCCACUACCGACAAGAGCAUGGAAAGUAUGUCUACAGGAAGGUGGGCUAUUGGGCUCAGGGCUUAGUCCUUAACACUAGUCUGGUCCCCUGGGCUGGAGGUGCAGUUGCCACUUCCCAGUGCAGCGAUCCCUGCCAACCCAAUGAGGCCAAGAGUAUGCAACCUGGCGACGUCUGCUGCUGGAUCUGUAUCCCUUGCCAGCCCCACCAGUACCUUCUGGAUGAGUUCACCUGUGAGGACUGUGGCUUUGGGGAGUGGCCUUUGGCCAACCUGACUGGCUGCUAUGAGCUCCCAGAAGAGUACAUCCACUGGUCAGAUGCAUGGGCUGUAGGACCAGUGACCAUUGCCUGCCUUGGGAUGCUAUGUACCAUGGCGGUUGCUGGGGUAUUCUUGCGCAACAAUGACACGCCAGUGGUGAAGGCAAGUGGACGUGAGCUGUCCUACAUCCUCUUGUUGGGCGUCCUCCUGUGUUACGCCAUGACCUUCAUCUACAUUGCCAAACCAUCAGCAGUCGUCUGCGCCCUUCGGCGUCUUGGCUUGGGUACCUCGUUUGCUGUCUGUUAUUCUGCGCUCCUUACCAAGACCAAUCGGAUCGCAAGGAUAUUCGGUGGGGCACGGGAUGGCGCCCAGCGGCCUCGUUUCAUCAGCCCCGCUUCCCAAGUGGCCAUCUGCGGUGCCCUGAUCUCUGCUCAGCUUCUGGUGGCACUGGUGUGGCUCCUGAUUGAGGCUCCGGGCGUCCGUAAGGAAAUGAGUCCCGAAAGACGGGACGUUGUGACGCUGAAGUGCAACAGCCUGGACUCCAGCAUGUUGGUGUCACUGACCUACAACUGCAUCCUCAUCGUCCUGUGCACCUUCUAUGCCUUCAAGACCAGGAAGUGCCCCGAGAACUUCAACGAGGCCAAGUUCAUUGGAUUCACAAUGUACACCACCUGUAUCAUCUGGUUGGCCUUCCAGCCCAUCUUCUAUGUUACUGCUAGUGAUUAUAGGGUUCAGACCACCACCAUGUGUAUCUCGGUCAGCCUGAGUGGAUCGGUGGUGCUGGGCUGUCUCUUCGCUCCCAAAAUCCACAUCAUUCUGUUCCAGCCACAGAAGAACGUGACCAGCCUGAGGGCGAAGGACAACCGCUUCUCCACGGCCAUCACAGCCCCCAGCUCCACCUACUCACAGGGUAGCUAACCUCUUUUCCAGGAUACAUGCUGCAACUUUAAAGUGAAGAACAACUCUUCCUCUGCGACCGUAGUCCCUACCGUGUGCAACGGACGAGAGGUAGUGGACUCUACAACGUCGUCAUUGUGAAGAAGAACAAACACACAAACACACAUCUCCAGUGAUGUCAUGGAUGAAUAUCUUCCAACAAGGGUGCUUUAGUCAUCCAUUUCAGAUAAUUAUGUUAAAAGUCUUAAAUUACAAAUGAAUACUUGACCAUCUAAGAAUAUUUAUGAAAAAAAAAACCCUGUAAAUGUGAUUAUAUGGAAACCAUGUGCCAGUAUGAACUAGUCAAGUAGAUCUGUCAUCACAUGACACUGUAUUUAAGUUGCACAGCUUUGAUGACAACGUCUGAAUGUUUCCCCAGCUGGACUAUAGCACUGAUGGAAAACUCCAGUCCUAGAUGAUCAGAGAAAACACUACACUGUGCUCGGGCCUUCUAGCACUGUAGUUUGAGUUAGAAGGCCAGGGUUUAAAUGACGUUAAGUAUUUUAAAUGAACACAGCGUUUUACAACCCAACCUCUAUCUGCUGUAUCUGUAGAGUUCGGUUAAAAGCCACAGACAAUGACUUCAAAUCUGUCUCACUGUACUUAGAACUGAAAAACCUCAGACUCAACAGAUGCCAAUGGGCACCUGCACAAUUCUGUCAGUAAGUGGUUUUCAGACCACUUCAUAUACAUUCAUAUCAUGUGCACAGGCUCAAAAAGAAGGUCCAGCUCGAUGUUUAGGUCUCAAAAGCAAAAUUAACAUUAUAUUGAUGAAGAUAUGAUGAGCAGCAGAUCAUUCACCCCAUGUGUUUACACAUUUCCACCAGAGAGGUCUCCAAAUCCCCAAAACAUAAGUAGUGUAGCUUUAAGCUGCAAAUCUUUUUAUUUCAAAGAUGGGACUAUUUUUCAAGAGGGAAGAGUUGUAGUGAUGUGGUCAGUUGUCGCAGGUUAGGCCUGAUCACCAUGGAUACCAGAAAGCCACCAGUGAAGUAGAUAGGUGUAGUAACCAGAGUUGCUUUUUCAUCUAGUUUUUCCAGCAUCGGAAAGCUUGCUCACAUCCUAAAUCCUGUACUAUUGCAGUGCAAUGGUUGUAGUUUUCAAUAUAGUCACAUACACUAUAUCACCAAAAGUAUAUGGACACCUAUCACGCCUAUAUGAACUCGUCAAACAUGCCAUUUCAAAACCAGGCACAUUAAUAUAGUGUUGGCCCCUUCCGGCCCCUUCAGAUCUUGGUGCCUGUCUGUAGGAAUUUGUGCCCUUUUGGUCAGUAGAGCAUUUGUGAGGUCAAACUCAGAUUUGUACAUAGAGAAGUGUAAUUUAUCUCACCAGAGAACAUUUCCAGUGCUCCAGAGUCCAACGGUGGCAUAGUUUACACCCAUCCUGCCUACACUUGGCGUUGCGCUUAGUGAUCCUAGGCAGAUGUGCAGCUGCUCAGCCAUGAAAACCCAUUUUAUGAAGCUCCCGAUACUCAGUUUGACCUCUGUAGUGGGUGACACAACAGAGGUGCACUUUUUUUAUGCACUUCAGUACUUGGCAGCCCCACUCUGUGACUUUCCGUUGUUCUACUGCUUCGUGGAUAAGCUGCUGUUUCUCCUAAACGAUCCCAUUUCACAAUAACAGCACUUACAGUUGACUGGGGCAGACCUAACAGGACAGAAAUUUGGCAUCCUACGACUGUGCCACAUUUAACGUCACUGAGGUGACCCAUUCAACUGCUAAUAUCUUUAGAGACUGCAUGGCUAUGCGCUUGAUUUUAUACACCUGUUAGCAAUAGAUAUGGCUGAUGUUAAUGAUUAGGAGGCGUGUCCACAUACUUUUGGCCAUAUAGUGCGUUUCAAAUGUUCUUGGAAUUUGGCAUCUGCCCAAAAGGCCUCUAUUUUGAGUUUGAAGUUUUCCAAUUCUAUUAUAGGUACAGGAAACCAUGUCUGAAAUACGGCCUAUAGUAAACAACCACAAGCUACUGAUAGAGAUCUGCGUUUGAUUCAAUGGACAUCGUCCUUGGAGUAAUCAGUCAAUGGCACAACCAACUGUAUCAGCUCACACUGUUAUACAGUCUCCAGGCGGUCAUGCUUGACGACGAUAGCAGUACAGUCAGAGAUGCACACACGUUUCCACUGUAGAUACCGUAGUGUUCAGCUGUAAUUACGCCCCUGAAAAGUUGCCUAGAUUACUCCUGCUUUUAGCUGAACAACAGCAAAGUGUAUCUUCUCCGUGUUAUGUUAGUUUAGUUCAUUGUGGUCCAUUGAUAGCACUGGAAUGAGGUUCAGACAGUCAUAACGUCCUACGAUAUUAAAAUGAAUGAACAAUCUUUCAGGGAGCGUAUUUACUUUGCAACACCAGUGUUCAUGGCUAUAAGACACCGAACAGUGGGAGUUACUCAGUUUACUCUGCUAUUGAACUCAAAUUCAUUCCCACCAAAUGGGAAUCCUGGACUUCUCCAACAUGACUCUGGGAGUACGAGCACUACAGUGUUACCAAUGUUUUACUUCAGUAGUACGGAUCGUAAAUGUCAUUGGGAGGUUUCUGUUGUUCUUUAAGUGUUGUUGAUUAAUUGUCCCAUGUUUUCUUCCGUUGCACUAGUAUAGUGGCAAUGCAAGAACAAAAUACUAUACUCAAUAUUUCUUUUUGACUUGAAAACUAAAUCUUAGUGUGUCAGACUUGGAGAAAGUAGCUAACAGUACAAAGAAUGUGUUUCAAUGUGAAUUUUGGUGAACCAGUCAGUGAUCUUCCUGUAACAUAUGUAAAUAAACUUUUUUUUAAAUGAC